AUGCUCGUCAAUACGAAGUUCUCGUGGCAGCAUGCCGUCCUGUCGGCUCUCGUCAUGAGCUCUGCUGUCUCGGCCAACUACGGCACCGUCCACGUCCGUCGCGGUGAGCAUGCUGUCCGCGACAUUGUCUCGAACGAGCACGCCCUGAAGGACCGAGACCUUCUCUCCACUCUUUCUAGCUUGCUUGGAGGUGCCGGGGCCGGUGCUGGAGCCGGAGCUGGAGCUGAAAACAACAACGAUGCCGCUGAUGCAGCUGGCGAGCAGCAACAGCAGGCCGGGAAAAACCAGGCCAAGCAGGGAGCUGCCGGAGCUGGUGAGGCCGCGGCCGGUGAAGCUCAGGCCGGCGAGCAGGCCGAUGACGCAGAGGGCGAGAAUGCGCAGGCCGACAAUGCACAAGCCGACAACGCACAAGCCGGCAAUGCACAAGCCGAAGCUGGUCAGGGCAAAGGCAAGGGUCAGAACCAAGACGAAGCCGCUGCCGGUGCUGGUGAGGCUGCGGCUGGCGGAGAGGCAGGGAACGCUGCUGAAGCUGGAGCUGCCGCCGGUAAUGCUACCGCUGAGGCUGGAGCAGGCAAGGGCAAGGGCAAGAAGAACGCAGAUGCAGCAGCACAAGCAGGCUGCGGUGCCGCCGCAGCUGGGGCCCAGGGCAAGGGCCAAGAGAAUGCCGGUGCUGCCAACGCAGGCGACGCCGCCGCCGCCGAGGGCAAUGCUGGCGCUGCCGCAGGUAACGCAACCGCAGACGCCGGUGCCGAGCAGCAGCAAGGCAAGGGCAAGGGCAAGGGACAAGCAAACGCAGACGCCGCCGCUGAGGCUGCGCAGGGUAAAGCAAAGGGCCAGAAUGGAGGAGCCGCCGCAGCUGGUGAGGCCGCAGCUGGUGAGGCCGCAGCUGGUGAGGCUGCAGCUGGCGAGGCCGCAGCAGGCAAUGGCAAGGCUGGAAACAACAACGCAGAUGCUGCCAACGCCGACAACGCCAAUGCCGGUGAGGCGGCAGCUGGCAACGCCAACGACAACGCUCAAGCUGGAAAUGCCAACGCCAACGCCGGUGAGGCGGCGGCCGGCAACGCUAAGGGAGGAAAGGCCAACGCCAACGACAACGCUCAAGCUGGAAAUGCCAAUGCCAACGCUGAUGAGGCGGCAGCUGGUAACGCCAACGCCGACGCCAAUGAGGCGGCAGCUGGCAACGCCAAGGGCGGAAAUGCCAACGCCGACGCGAACGCUCAAGCCGGUGAUGCCAACGCUGCUGAGAAUGCUCAGGCUGGAGAUGCCAACGCCGAGGAUGCGAACGCUGGCAACGCCAACGCCGGCCAGGAGGCCGCUCAAGGCAAGGCAGGAAAGGGAAAUGCCAACCAGGCAGACGCCCAAGCUGAGGAUGCUCAGGGCCAGGAAGCAGCAGCUGGCCAGGCCGGAGCUGGACACGCACAGGCUGGAAAUGCCAACGCUCAGCAGCAGGAGGGAGCCGCUGGCCAGGCAGGCGCUGGUACCGGAAACGCCGCCGUUGAUGCUCUGAUCGCAGCUGGCAAGAACCUGCCCCCAGGCGCGGCCGGCAAGAAGCUCAAGCUGAUGAAGAGCCGUAACGUAAUGGCCAACAUGGCGUGGUAA